UAUCUAGGUGACGUCUUCAUACGUGGGACCGAGCAUUGACAACGGAACACUUCUGGAGACGUGGAGUGUAUUUGGUUAGAAAGUGUCCGCAGUGCUGUCACGAUCGCAAGUAUUCAUUCUCGGUUUUCUCGUAGUUAAACACAUCAAAAUAAGUGAAAAUGCCUGCUCCUGCAAGCUCGACUUCAGUGGGAAGUGGAAGUCGCUCGCCCAGCAAAUUGGCCGUGCCUAGGGCCAGCGCGGGCGGAAGCAACCUCAAGCAAAGGAAGACCACAACAACCACCGCCGCCAGAAACAGGACCACCGGCUCAGGAUCCGGAGGAAUGUGGCGCUUCUACACCGACGACUCUCCCGGAAUCAAAGUGGGUCCAGUUCCAGUCCUCGUCAUGUCGCUGCUCUUCAUCGCUUCUGUGUUCAUGCUGCACAUCUGGGGAAAGUACAACAGGUCUUAAGGCGGCUGCGGCGGCGGCGACCUCGUUUUUUCCGAGGCACUGCAACCCACUUCCUAUUUACGUUGUAAUCAUCCUCCCCGACUCCCCUAGUUAUAUUUAAUUUUGUCGUAGACUUUGUGCUAACGUUUCUUUGAAAAUGUCAUUCCGUGGCAACAUCAGACUUUUUAUACAUAAAGUAAUUUAUGAAAUCGAA